AUACAAAGGUUAAUAAUAUUCUUAAUGAAGCAGAAAAGUUUAAAGAUAGUUUAGAAUAUAAUAAAGAAAAUCAAAGAUCUAAAAGAGUAAAAACUUUAACUACUAAUCAAGAGUUCGAUAAUAAGAAAAAUCAAGAUCUUGAAAAUA